AUGACAGACCAGUCUGCGUUCGUGCGAGCCACCGAGGCGGUUUCCUACCUCCGCCCCAGCUUGCCGAAAGGCCUGCAGAAGCCCCAGGUCGCCAUUGUAUGUGGCUCAGGACUGGGAGGCCUCGCAGAUACCAUCCAUCCCGAGUCACGCACGGAGUAUGACUAUGCGGCUAUCCCCCACUUCCCUCGAUCAACGGUCGCUGGACACGCUGGAAAGUUGGUGUUUGGACUCCUCGGCCACAAGAUUCCUGCCGUGUUGAUGGUUGGUCGUGCUCACUACUACGAGGGGCACUCGAUUGAUCAAGUGGCAUUCCCUAUCCGGGUAUUCAAGCAACUAGGCGUGGAUACAGUGGUUUUGACCAAUGCGGCCGGAGGCCUCAAUUCUGAUUAUGAAGUGGGAGAUUUGCAUCUCUUUCUGGCAGGAUUGGCAGGGACCCAUCCGCUAAGAGGGCCCAAUGAGGAUGACUUUGGAGUGCGAUUCCCACCCUUGUCUGAUGCGUAUGACCUGGAGCUCCGGAGACAUGUGCACCAAACAUGGAAGAAAAUGCCGUCUGCGUCAAGCAACCGAAAGUUGCAUGAAGGGGUGUAUGUCUAUGUUGGAGGCCCCACUUACGAGACAAGAGCGGAGAGCCGGAUGCUUCGAAUGAUGGGAGCCGACGUGGUGGGAAUGUCCACAGUACCGGAGAUUGUCACUGCCAGGCACUGUGGCCUCCGGGUGCUGGCCUUCAGUUUGGUCACGAACAAGGCUGUGCUGGCUCCUGUGCCCCGUGGAGACGAGGAGUCAUUCCAAGGGAAGUCAGCGGGCGAGUUGAACGCCGUCCUCGAGGAAGGAAUGGCAGGACACGAAGAGGUUCUCGAGGCUGGCCGGGCGGCAGCCCUUGACAUGCAGGUAAGAGGAUUUUACACAUUGGUUGCAAGUCGUGAAACUGACGGUACCAGAAUUUGGUUGCCCAGACCCUGCUGGAUAUUUUCUCCCACGCAUGAGCCGUGUUCGGGAACAAGGCAUCGACAAACCAACUAG